AUGCGGUCCCCCCGGAAACUCCGAAACGGGAAGUUCCGCCCCGCUCGGAAAUGGGUUCCGCGCCUACUUCCGAUCCCAUUAUCCCCAACUGAGUCCCGUUAUCCCAACGGGAUCCCAUUUCCUAAUGGGAAACGCGUUGGGUUGGAAGGUUCCUUAAAGAUCGUAGAACUACGGGAUGGUCGUGUUGGAAAGGUCUUUAAAGAUGACAGAACCAUCGAAUGCGGCCGGGCACAGUUGGGUGAGUCACAUCUGGCCGGGGAGGAGCACAUCUGGGCGGGGCAGCCCUUGGCAGGUCCUGGCAGCGUCGCUCCUCUCCACGGCUCCGCCCGGUGCAGCGGUGGCAUCACCGGGACCGGCGCCAAACGGGCGGUGCCGGAGCCGUUCCGCUGCUCCGAGCGGCGCCGCGACUUUACGACAAGGAACAAGACAGCACCGGUCCCCAUCACAGCACUCUGGACAUUGACCCCAACACCUCACCAUGACCACCGACUCCCCCGUGUUCCCCAUGGGCUCUGGGGUGACGACAGCAGUGCCACGAGACUCCGAAACGUCAGCUCCGGAUACGGUGGUGUUGGUGUGCGCCUUCACUGCCGCCUUUGUGGCCGUGGCCAUCGUGGUAGUUGUGGUGUGUCGGUGUUGGAAGCGAUGCUGCGGGAGAACAGCCCAGGACCCUGCAGCAAUAGAAGGGAACAGGAACAGUGCGGCGGUGCCCAUGGGAGCCCCGAAGAGCCCAGAAGACUGAGCCCCGCGGGAUCCCCGCGCGUAUCCCCACCAAUACAAUAAAGCUCCGCUGCUGCCACCGCCUGCAUUCAUCACCGCAUCCC